CCAUCUUCUCCCCCCCCAAAAUCCGAUGUUGGAUCAUCGAAUAUCAGUUCCAUCAAAUUGCUCGCUCGAUGCAGAUAAUGUCUUUGGGCCUGUAGUGGCCCUGGGCUGUCGCAAUGGCUUUGAUUUCACGCUUCUCUUCGAACAGAGCAUCCUCGGGAUUCUUCCUGCGGUUGCCUUCUUGCUGGCCUCUCCGCUACGAGCUGUCUAUCUCAUCAAGAAAGAUGCACGAACCCAGCGCAACUCGCUACGGUUUGUCAAGCUAACCGCGACCCUGACUUUUGCUCUAAUCCAACUCGCGCUCCUUGUGUGCUGGACUCGUCAUGAUUUACCUCGGACCAAAGCCUCGGUACCGUCAGCCUCGAUCAAUUUCAUAGUCGCAAUAGAGCUUCUUGUGCUAUGCUGGUUAGAAGAUGGCCGAUCGGCCAGACCUUCUUCACUUCUCACUGCAUACCUCCUCCUUACCUUGCUACUCGACAUAGUCCAGGCCCGCACUCUAUGGCUACGUCCCCCGAAGACAAUUCUACUUCCUGCGCUCUUCACAGUAAGCGUAGGAUCGAAGUUGGCAAUGCUCCUGCUUGAGAGUCUUGAGAAGCGACAGCACCUGACAGAACAGUAUCGAGAUCUACCCCCUGAAUCUACCAGUGGGAUCAUUAAUCGGUCAUUCAUGUGGUGGCUUAAUCACAUGUUUACUGUUGGAUCACGACGGCUACUAACAAUCGAUGAUAUGUAUGGUCUUGACCAGGCGCUGAACUCGGCAACUGUCAGCGAAAGGGCCCAGCGUGUUUGGGCCCAGCGCAGGAUCCCAGCACGGCGUUUUGAAUUCCCGUGGAAAUUAUGUCAGGCGCUGUGGAAGCCUUUGCUAAUGGCAGUGUUUCCACGGAUGUGUCUGAUCGGCUUCACCUUUGCGCAGCCUUUCCUGAUCGCCGGGCUUCUUGAUUGGCUUGGCAGUGGACAAAGCACCGAAGGGGGCCACGGUCUCAUUGCCGCCACAGUCCUGGUGUAUCUAGGUCUAGCGAUCUCCACCCUUCACUCCAAUCACCUUCUGUAUCGCUUCAUUACUAUGUUCCGCGGAGCAGCCUCCUCGCUGGUGUACGAGCAUAUGCUGUACAUUCCAGAUGGAAAGCUAGAGGACCGGUCAGCCGCGAUCACUCGAAUGACCACCGAUAUUGAUCGGAUAUCUGCGUGCUUAGUCCAGCUGCAUGAAUGCUGGGCACGCAUCUUCGAGGUAGCCAUUGGAAUUGCCCUCCUCACGCUCCGCCUAGGGUGGGUAAGUGCGAUUCCUGUCAUAAUCGUCAUGAUCUCUAGUCUUGCCUGCACCUACAUAUCAAAGAAUAUUGGGAACCGCCAAAAGACCUGGGUGGAUGCGGUGCAACAGCGCCUUGCAAUCAUCACUGCAAUGCUUACCGACAUCCAAGUCGUGAAGCGAAUGGGGUUAAGCAGGGCUUUUACGGACAUCAUCCAGAUGAAACGGGUCAGCGAGACGCAGCAAAUGUCUUCUUAUCGAUGGCAUAUCGUGUGGCAGAACAUGAUCCAGAACCUACCCUGGGCAUUGGCUCCUGCGCUGACAUUUGCAGUUUUUGCUGUGCAAGGCCACUCGCUCAAUUUCAGCAAAACAUUCACCAGUCUGUCUAUAAUCACCCUUCUAACUAACCCGGCCGCAAAGCUUCUGAGCGCCAUCCCCUCUACGGCAGCCUCAUUGGGUUGUUUCGAUAGGAUUCAAAGCUUUCUUCUGAUUCCUGCCGAAAAUCACCUAUUGCACGACAGUCAAGACAAUAUGACGAUUGACCAUGCCUGUACCGAAUCGAUACCUGAGGCUGCGGAACAGACCCCAUCGCUCACUGUCAAUCCUACUACCACAGACUCUCUAGUUGUGGUUGUGGCUUUUAAAAAUGCUAGCAUCCGCCCGGCUCCUGAGGGCAAAAUUUUGUUGAACCAAAUCAACCUUGAGGUACUUCGGGGUGCGAUGCUCACUAUCCGCGGACCGGUGGGAUCAGGGAAAUCUACUCUUCUCAGAGCUAUUCUUGGCCAGGUUAUUUGCGAGACGGGGUCGGUGAGUUUGACCACUCGUUGCAUAGCUUAUUGUGCGCAGAGAACGUGGUUGCCAAACACCACCAUACGCAACGCAAUAUGUGGGUUAGUUACAACAGAGAAGGAAAACUCGCAGAGUAUCGAUCACGAGUGGUACAGAGCUGUGCUUCACGCCUGUGCUCUCGACGAGGACCUAGACCUUAUCUUCGAAGGAGAUGACAUGCAGAUCGGCAGUGGCUUGGGUGCUAGAUUGAGCGGCGGACAAAUGGAUCGUAUCGCUCUGGCUCGGGCAGUAUAUGCUCGAAAGGAUCUUGUUCUCUUGGAUGACGUUCUCAGUGCAUUGGACACAGAUACCAAGAGUCUGAUACUAGAACGGUUGUUUGGGAAAAGGGGUGUUUUUCGGAAGCUCAAUUCGACAGUGAUUCUCAUCACGCAUGACACUGCAUCUCUUGCUUAUGCCGACAAGACCCUAGUCAUUUCUAAUGGCUCACUUGAAGAGGAUGACUGUGGAGAUAAUGUUUCUCCCGAGCCGUCUGAUCAUGAUACGAUAGGCACGCCUAGGGGUGGCAGAGAAAACAAUAUCCUCAUGCCUGAGGAGGAUGCGGCGCAGAUAGCCAAGGAUAAUCAGCUCAGUGACUUGAAGCGGUCAACAGGUGACUGUCAAGUGUAUAAAUAUUAUCUGCGUUCAAUUGGCUGCUCGAGUUCUCUGCUCUUCAUUCUUUUCGUGAUUCUUAAUGUUUUCUGCAGUACCUUCAGCCAGAUAUGGCUGGAGAGAUGGACCAGCCGAGGGGGAGAACAGAGAGCACUAUACGUGACAGUCUACGUUAUGUUGGCGAUACUAGAAGUCAUAUGUAUGGGUGGUUAUGUCUGGGCAAUCUUGAUACUCAUAUCGCCAUCCACCGCACGCAAGCUUCACUAUGUUGUCCUAAAGACUGUCAUGGGAGCGUCUUCAACUACGCUUGCAACCAUGGAUAGUGGCGCACUUCUGAAUCGAUUUAGCCAAGACAUGACUUUAAUUGAGAGUCAACUACCCGUUGGCCUUCUGGUCACGGUUUCAAACCUUUUCACCGCGAUCGCUGCUGCUGCACUCAUUGCGACCGGCUCGAGCUGGAUGGCUAUCACUGUACCGUUCCUCAUUGCGGCAGUGUUUGUUGUGCAGCAUUACUACCUGAAGACAUCGCGACAGCUUCGACUUCUCGAUCUAGAAAGCAGGAGCCCGCUAUAUUCUCAUUAUAUGGAUACUAUGAAUGGCCUCAGUACAAUCCAGGCUUUCGGCUGGCAGAAGAGGUUCUCUGAGAAGAGCUCUAAGCUUUUAGAUGUAUCUCAGCGGCCGUAUUAUUUGCUGUACUGCAUUCAAAGGUGGCUCGCUCUGGUCUUAGACCUGAUUGUUGCUGCCGAAGCGGUUCUCCUUGUGAGUCUGGCCGUCAACCUGAGGGCAGCGACUAGCAUUGGACUUUUGGGUGUCUCGCUCAACAACAUUCUCUCAUUCAACCAGAGCCUCUCGUCAUUGAUCACGGGCUGGACGCAGCUUGAGAUCUCGCUCGGUUCUAUUGCCCGCAUCAAAGACUUCGAACGGGAAACUCAGCUUGAAGACACCCAUCACAACGACACCGUUCCAGCUUCCUGGCCCGACCGCGGCGCGAUCGAGUUCAAGGCGGUAACAGCGCAGUACAAUCCAACAACCACCACUCUAAAAGACGUGUCUUUCAAAAUACGACCCGGACAAAAGAUCGGAAUCUGUGGUCGCACCGGCAGCGGCAAAACCUCCCUCCUAGGCGCAAUCCUCGGCAUGCUCGACCUAACGAGCGGCUCAAUCCUAAUCGACGACGUCGACUUAUCCCAAAUCUCGCGCGAGACCGUCCGCGAACACCUCGUCACCAUCGCCCAAGAACCCCUCAUUCUAGCCGGAUGCACCGUCCGGCUCAACGCCGACCCAACCCCCGGCAACUGCCAUCCCGAUGCAGAGAUCAUCGCCGCCCUGGACCGCGUGGGCCUCUGGCAUGGCGUGCUCGCCGAACGCAGCGGGGGCUUGGACGCCGAGCUCAGCGCCGACACGCUCUCUCGCGGCCAGACGCAGUUGCUCGGGAUCGCGCGGGCGAUUCUCAAGCUGCAGCGCAGCGGCGCCAAGGUUUUGUUGUUGGAUGAAGCGACGAGCCAUGUUGAUCGGGAGACGGAGACGCGGGUGCAGACGCUGCUACGGGAGGAGCCGUUCCGGUCGUGCUCGGUGCUGGCGGUGGCGCAUCGGGUGGAGAGUAUCAGGGAUUAUGACCGGGUUGUUGUGCUGGAGCGCGGGCGGGUGGUUGAUGUGGGUGAUCCCAGGAAAAUCACGAUGCAGGGUGGUGAUGAUGGUGGUGGUGGUGGUGGUGGUGGUGUUGGUGUUUAGGGUAUCUCGCGCACAUUGCCC